UACUAACGCACUGUGCGUAAAAAGUUUCUUUUGUGGCUUAGGGGAUCUGGUUCGACACUUUCGUUUUUGCAUCAAGUCUUGUGACCUUUGCAGUAUAAAAUUAGCGCAGACAGAACAUUGGAUGGACAUUAUUUUCUGCAUUUUACAGAUCAGCAUGAAAGGUGUUAUACUUUUUUCUCUUUGUACUUUGAUAUCAUCUCUUCCGCAUGCCAUUGAAGAGUUUCAAUAUAUUAUUGAUGAGGUGAACAGUUUGCAGACCACUUGGAAAGCUGGGCAUAACUUUGAAAAUAUUGAUUUGGAGUAUAUUAAAGGGUUAUGUGGUACUUUAGAUGAUCCAAAUCGCAGCCAACUUCCAGUUCACCGCAAUUUAUUUGCCAUGGAUUUACCUGAUAGUUUUGAUGCUCGGGAAAAAUGGGGUGAUAUUUGCCCUAGUACUAAAGAGGUUCGUGACCAAGGCUCAUGUGGCAGUUGUUGGGCAUUUGGUGCUGUUGAAGCACUAACAGAUAGAAUUUGUAUACAUUCAAAUGGAGAACAUAGACCACACAUUUCUGCAGAAAAUCUUCUGGCAUGCUGCGGUAUCUGGUGUGGAUUUGGGUGCAAUGGAGGUUUUCCAUCUUCGGCUUGGCGUUUUUUCGAAAACACUGGUAUUGUAACUGGAGGGCAGUAUAAUUCUAGUCAGGGAUGUCAACCUUAUUCAAUCCCAUCAUGUGAACAUCACACAACGGGACAAAAAAAGCCUUGCUCUGGAAGUGGACCAACCCCACGAUGUGAAAAGCAAUGCAGGGAAGGAUAUAAUAUGUCAUAUACAAAUGACAAACAUUACGCAUCAUCACACUAUAGUGUAUCCAGCGAACCAGAAGCCAUCAUGAAAGAAAUUUAUACCAAUGGUCCUGUUGAAGGGGCUUUUACUGUGUAUGCAGAUUUUCCAAAUUAUAAGUCAGGAGUUUAUAAGCAUGUAAGUGGAAGCCAACUUGGUGGACAUGCCAUCAAAAUUCUUGGUUGGGGAGAAGAGAACGGUACACCGUACUGGCUGGUUGCGAAUUCAUGGAAUCCAGAUUGGGGAGAUAAAGGAUUCUUCAAGAUACUUCGUGGUAGCAAUGAAUGUGGUAUUGAAGGCGGUAUUGUAGCUGGCAUCCCAAAAUAAACAGUGACUUGCUGUACUCUCCUAUUAAUUUCGUCUUGAUAACUUUAUUUUAAAAAUGCAAAGGACAUUGAUUUUUGCGUAUCUCAAAGAUUAAUCUUAUUAUGCAAAAUAACACAUCAUGUCAAAAUUUUAAGGGUAUAACCAAGUGCCAGAAAAAAAGCGUGCAGAGUAAAGAAGUGCAGAACCAUAUACUGCACUUAUUCUUUCACAAACGCUCAAAAGUAUAGCAAUUAGCACUCAUAAGUUCUGCAAGUGUCAUCACGAAAAUGUAAAUUGGAUUAGCUAAUGCUUAAAUACUGCUAAAAGUAACAUGAACCUGCAAAAUGACACUAAUAAAUUCUUCCCUUUCCAGCAAUGUUGCCAAUUUGUACUAAUGAUUCCAAAUAAGUCUAAUAAAUUUUGAGAGCUUGUUUUCCUAAUAUACUUCCUUCUACCAUAAA